UCAAAUCCAACAAAGUAUAAUUAUGCCUGACGUCAAAUUAUUCUCAGCCACCAAAUCAAGGUACCUUGCUGAGCGUAUCUCCGAUUAUUAUGGUUAUCCACUAGGAGAUGUAACCGUAAACACAUUUGCAGACGGAGAGAUGCAAGUUGUCAUUAACGAGUCUGUAAGAGGUACGUACACCUUUUUUAUAGCGUCUACCUUUGGUCCUGCUGACAAUAUCAUGGAGUUGCUACUAUUAAUAGAUUCAGCCAAAAGAGCAUCUGCAGGAUAUAUCACUGCUGUCAUACCUUACUUCGGGUACGCACGACAAGAUAGAAAAGAUAAGCCUAGGGUACCGAUUUCAGCCAAACUUGUGGCAAAUAUAUUACAAGCAUCAGGUGUAAAUCGUAUCAUGACGAUGGAUCUACAUGCAGAGCAAAUCCAAGAAAGACGUGUGGCCAAUGAGGUCGCAAGUAUUACGGUAAUAGGUGAUGUGCAGGGUAGGGAUAUUAUAUUAAUAGAUGACAUCAUAGACACAGCAGGUACAUUGUGCAAGGCAGCUGAUGCGCUCAUCGAAAAAGGAGCAAAAAGUGUGAAGGCGAUACUUACCCAUCCAGUACUUUCAGGUGCAGCAUAUGAUAAUAUCAACAAUUCAAAGAUCACAGAAGUCAUAGUGACGGAUAAUAUGGUAUCGAUAGAAAUUCAAGGAAAUACAAGGUCUGAGCUUGGUAAAAAAGGCACAAGAAUAGAUAGAAAUAAUGGUAAUGUUCCAGCUGUUUUGUAUGGUGGUGGUGAUGUAGUUCACUUCACAGUAACACCUGCAUCUGUGAAACAUCUUAUAUAUACACCAGAUUUUAAAAUUGCUGAUUUGUCUAUUGAUGGCAAAGCUUACAAAGCAAUUCUUAAGUCUGCACAAUUUCACCCAGUAAGUGACAAGUUACUUCACAUUGAUUUUCUAAGACUAAUUGACAAUACACCAAUCAAAGUGGAAGUUCCAUUAAGAUUCAAAGGAGUAUCUCCAGGUGUAAAAGUUGGUGGUAAAUUGAUUCAACAAUUAAGAAAAAUCAAAAUCAAAACAACUCCUGAGAAAUUGGUAGAUGAGUUGAAAGCUGAUAUUUCUAAAUUAGAGCUUGGUCAAGCAUUAAGAGUUAGAGAGGUCAUCGUUCCUGCGGGCGUAGAAAUCCUUAAUAACGCUGCAACACCAGUAGCACUUAUCGAAAUACCAAGAGCAUUGAAAGCUGCCGCUGCUGCUGAAGCAAAAGCUGCUGCCGGAGCA